AUGCCGCCGUCUGGAAAGACGGGCUCAUCAGCAGCGGAGCAGGUGAUCCACAUAGACCCGCUUCUCGUGUACUUCACCUUCUCCCGCAUCCGGCCUCACUUCUCUUGCGGGCGCACAAUCGAAAGCACACUGAAGCAAUUUCGUGACGGCGAGCUGCACCCGCGCGACCUCCCCCUCCUCUCCGUGCUGACUGAUGGCGCACACUACUACAGUCAAAACAACCGACGGCUGUACGUGUACAAGCAGCUGAAGCGCGAAGGCUUGCUCGACAUGCUGCCGGUGCGACUGCGCCCUCUGCCGCAGACGAAGCGGAUGCGCAGCAAGUACUCGCCGCAGACCUGCGCUCUGAAUGCAACGCUUAUGCGCGACACAGCGAACAGGGGUGGCCUCAGAGACGCGAGCGCGGCAGCGGCGGACAGCAACGACGCGUCCGAUACCGAGGGUAGUCACGACAACCAUAACGCCUGCACUUCCUUGGCUGCGGUUGGGGAGCCUGGCGUGGGUGGCGACGAGCUCCGCAGCGGCAACCGCUCAGCUUCCUCGUCAAGCUCUCCGUCACGCCCGGCAAACUGUGCCACGGGGUCAGGCCCUGAAAGGGAGGUGGUGGAGGGCGGAGACUUACGCAAUGCACCAACAAGGAUGAAUCAGAAGCAGCAGCAGCAGCAGCAUGGCUUCACUCUGUCACAGCAGUCGUCGAACGCCAAGUGCAGAGAAAAGGCGUCACAGCGUCCAGGAAAACACAAGGGUGCCGCCGCAGCUCGAUCACCGAGCAGCAGUAGCAGCGACGGCGGUGGUAACGGUGGCACAAGUGCCUUGAAAGCAGAGCUGUGUAAACUUGGCCUACACACGUAA